AUGAAAUGGCUCCCUCGCUCGCAUCCAUCCUAUAUAAACCUCUUUCUAUCUUCUCCACUCCAACCUUCACACAGGAAACUAAAAUCGAGGAAUCUGUCAUCUAACAUGAUGAAUUCUAGAAGAGACACCCGUAACAACAGAGUUGCUCUUUUUGAUGGUAUUGAGGAGGGCGGCAUCAGAGCAUCAUCUCUUUACUCCUCAGGUUCUUCCCAUGAAAUUGAUGAACAUGACAAUGAACAAGCAAUGGAUGGAUUGCAAGAUAGAGUUAAUCUGCUGAAAAGAUUGUCAGGUGAUAUACAUGAGGAGGUGGAUAAUCAUAACCGGAUGCUGGAUCAUAUGGGCAAUGAUAUGGAUUCUUCAAGGGGUGUCCUCUCAGGAACUAUGGACAAAUUCAAAAUGGUAUUUGAGACAAAAUCGAGCCGAAGAAUGUUCUCGCUGGUGGCAUCAUUUGUUGUUAUUUUUCUUAUCAUUUACUAUCUAACUAGGUAA